UUACUUAUGGAAAACAGUGUAGCAUAUUCUGCUGAGCUUUACCCUGGAAGAAGCAUUUUUUAAAAAUUUAUUCAAAGAGGAAAGGAGGGAUGGGCCUGUUAGUCUACAAUUAUUACAGCCAAGUGUGCUUGCAAGCUGCCAUUUGGACAGGCUGUUGACUGCUGUUCCUAUUAGCUGAUUUGAGAAAGUGGAAUGCAGGGCGAUAAUGCUGCAUAUCUGCUAUCAGACAGCAGAAAGGUUUUUGUCUUGGGAAGGCAAACCUUCCCUGCAAUAUUACCUCAGCAGCUCUCUAGCUUCUUACCCUGAAAACUAGUGACCCAAAAAGGAGGGUGUUACCGUCUGCAAACACGGGUCUUGUGCAUGGCUAUUGCAUAUGAGCAGCAGGUCUGAAGAAGCAGGUGUGUGCUCGGAUGGGCACUGGACUGUAACCCAGGCGGACGCUCUCAGGUUUACCUGCUUCCUGUUAACAGAUUGUUGGCUCAGAGAGCAUCUGCCUGCACGCUGAGGCCGUGGCUGAGAAGGAGGUCCCUGUGUAUCCCCGGGACUGACAGAGACACUUGGAUUGGAUUUAAUCUUAAAUCACUGGAGUUCAAGACCUUUUAAAAAGGGCUAAAUAAACAAUCUCUACAUGUAAAGGCCACUGACUUCUACUUCCUCUGUUCAGAGCAACUGUUGAACCCAGCUGCCCGGAGGAAAACUGAAGACUUUAAUAACAAACCCUCCAAGGUCAAAAUGAAUACAGAUAGCGGUGGGUGUGCUCGCAAACGUGCUGCCAUGUCUGUUACAUUAACAUCUGUGAAGAGAGUUCAGAGUUCUCCAAACCUAUUGACUGCAGGACGUGAUUCUCACUCACCAGACUCAGCUUGGAGGUCUUACUAUGAUCGAAAUCAAGACACACUGAAUGGAGAUGCUACAUAUUCCUCUCUUGCAGCAAAAGGCUUUAGAAGCGUUCGACCAAGCCUACAAGAAAAAAAAUCACCAACUCAGAGCCAGAUAACCGUGAAUGGAAACUCUGGAGGUGCUGUGAGUCCAAUGAGUUACUAUCAAAGGCCGUUUUCCCCUUCAGCCUACUCUCUGCCAGGCUCCCUCAAUUCAAGCAUUAUCAUGCAGCAUGGCCGGUCACUUGAUUCCACAGAGACAUAUCCCCAGCACGCACAAUCCCUGGAUGGCUCUAUACCGCUGUACAGAUCCUCAGAGGAAGAGAAGAGAGUGACAGUCAUCAAAGCCCCACAUUACCCAGGGAUCGGGCCUGUGGACGAAUCCGGAAUCCCCACGGCCAUUAGAACGACAGUUGACAGACCGAAGGACUGGUACAAGACAAUGUUUAAGCAAAUUCACAUGGUGCACAAGCCGGAUGAUGACACAGACAUGUAUAAUACUCCUUAUACAUAUAAUGCAGGCUUGUACAACUCACCCUACAGCACGCAGUCACAUCCUGCUGCAAAGACUCAGACCUACAGGCCCCUCUCCAAAAGCCACUCGGACAAUGGCACCGAUGUCUUCAAGGACGCCUCCUCCCCCGCACCUCCCCCACACGUUCCUCCUCCAGUCCCACCACUUCGACCAAGAGAUCGGUCUUCAACAGAAAAGCAUGACUGGGAUCCUCCAGACCGAAAAGUGGACACAAGAAAAUUUCGUUCUGAGCCCAGGAGUAUUUUUGAAUAUGAACCUGGGAAGUCAUCGAUUCUGCAGCAUGAAAGACCACCCCCUCUCCCAACAACUCUGACACCUGUUCCAAGGGAACCUGGCCGGAAGCCUAUUUCUAUUUCACCAUAUGGAGAAGUCACUGGUACCCCCUCCCCUCCACCCAGGAGUGGCAUCCCCACACCAAGCCCAAGCACCCCGGCUCUCUCUCCCAUCUGGACUGAUCGCAUACAUCCAGAUGACAUAGAUUUAGAAAAUGAGCCCUGGUAUAAAUUCUUUUCAGAACUGGAAUUUGGACGCCCGCCUCCUAAAAAGGCUCUGGACUAUGUUCAAGAUCAUUCUUCUGGUGUUUCCAAUGAGGCCUCCUUGUAUCAAUCCUCUAUAGACAGAAGCCUGGAAAGACCUGGCAGUUCUGCAAGCCUGGCCAGUGACUUUAGGAAAAGAAGGAAGAGCGAGCCUGCUGUGGGGCAGCCGAGGGGUUUGGGGGACCCAAGUGUAAGCAGGACCAGCCCAGGCCGAGCAGACCUCCCUGGAUCAAGCUCCACCCUGACAAAGUCUUUCGUUAGUUCUUCUCCUUCUUCUCCAUCCAGAGCAAAAGGUGGGGAUAGCAAAAUGUGUCCACCCCUUUGCAGUUGCUCAGGGCUCAACAGUAACCCCUCCAAUGAGUUAGAUUCCUGUAAUACUUACAGACAGCAUUUGGACGUCCCGCAUGACUCACAGAGGGCCAUUACUUUCAAAAACGGCUGGCAAAUGGCCCGGCAAAAUGCAGAGGUCUGGAGCAGCACUGAAGAAAUGGUUUCCCCCAAAAUCAAAUCCCGUAGUUGUGAUGACCUCCUAAACGAUGACUGUGAUAGCUUCCCUGACCCGAAAACCAAGUCAGAAAGUAUGGGCUCUCUGUUAUGCGAAGAGGACUCCAAGGAAAGCUGCCCCACACCGUGGGCUUCCACAUUCAUGCAGGAGGGCCGCGGUAAUGGCAGAUCAAGGCUUCGGCACAGGGCAGCCCACGACGCCCCAGGAUUCCUAAAAAUGUACAAGAAAAUGCACCGCAUUAACCGCAAAGAUUUGAUGAAUCCAGAGGUGAUUUGUUCCGUCAAGUCGAGAAUAAUGCAGUAUGAAAAGGAGCAGCAACACAAAGGCCUGCUCCAGGGAUGGAGCCAGUCCUCCACGGAGGAGGUGCCCAGGGACAUGGUACCCACCCGCAUUUCUGAAUUUGAAAAGUUGAUUCAAAAGUCAAAAUCCAUGCCAAAUUUAGGAGAUGAAAUGUUAUCGCCUGUAAUCCCAGAACCACAACACAAUGGUUUAUGCCCCAAAAGGCGAUUUUCCAUUGAGUCUCUGCUGGAGGAAGAAAAUCAGAGUAGACACCCUUCUCAGGUACAACGAAGCUACAAGUCUAAAACCCUGGUGCCCAUUCAUAUUGAAGUUACCAGUGAGGAGCAACCGAGAACGCAUAUGGAGUUUUCUGAUAGCGACCAAGAUGGAGUGGUGUCCGACCACAGUGAUUACAUUCACGUGGAAGGAUCAUCCUUUUGCAGUGAGAGUGAUUUUGAUCACUUUUCUUUCACAUCCUCUGAGAGUUUUUAUGGAUCCAGCCACCAUCACCACCACCAUCACCACCACCAUCACCGGCACCUCAUCAGCUCCUGCAAAGGCAGAUGCCCAGCCUCUUAUACUCGAUUUACCACAAUGUUGAAACACGAGAGAGCUAAACAUGAAAAUACUGAAGAGCCCAGAAGACAAGAAAUGGACCCUGGACUUUCUAAACUUGCAUUUCUAGUCAGUCCUGUGCCUUUCCGGAGGAAAAAAAAUUCAACUCCCAAAAAACAGACUGAAAAGGCAAAAUGUAAAACGUCUGUAUUUGAGGCUCUGGACUCUGCCCUUAAAGACAUCUGUGACCAAAUUAAAGCAGAAAAGAGAAGGGGAAGUUUGCCAGACAACAGUAUAUUGCACCGUCUUAUCAGUGAACUGCUGCCCGAUAUUCCUGAAAGGAAUUCAUCACUUAAAGCUCUAAAAAGGAGCCCCAUGCACCAGCCUUUCCACCCACUGCCUCAAGAUGGUGCUAUUCAUUGUCCAUUGUACCCGAACGAUUGUGGGAGAGUGCCCCACAGUGCCUCUUUCCAAGACAUGGACACCAAUAACAACAACUACCACCACCAAGACCACGAGCGUGCACUGAAUCUCCAAGACCGUGAAUCCCCUAGAAGUUACUCAUCCACUUUAACUGACUUGGGGAGAAGUGCACCAAGGGAAAGAAGAGGAACUCCAGAAAAAGAGAAAUUUCCUGCAAAGGCUGUUUACGAUUUUAAGGCUCAGACAUCUAAGGAGUUGUCAUUUAAGAAAGGAGAUACUGUCUACAUCCUCAGGAAAAUUGAUCAGAAUUGGUACGAGGGAGAGUACCGUGGCAGAGUGGGCAUUUUCCCAAUUUCAUACGUAGAGAAACUCACACCUCCAGAAAAAUCACAGCCCGCGAGACCACCUCCCCCAGCCCAGCCUGGAGAAAUCGGAGAAGCUAUAGCCAAAUAUAAUUUCAAUGCUGACACAAAUGUGGAGCUAUCGCUGAGAAAGGGAGAUAGAGUUAUUCUUCUCAAAAGAGUUGAUCAAAACUGGUAUGAAGGUAAAAUUUCGGGAACCAACAGACAAGGCAUCUUCCCUGUUUCCUAUGUAGAAGUUGUCAAGAGGAAUACAACCAAAGGGGCCGAGGAUUACCCUGACCCUCCAAUACCCCACAGCUAUUCAAGUGAUAGAAUUCACAGCUUAAGUUCAAAUAAGCCACAGCGUCCUGUGUUUACUCAUGAAAACAUUCAAGGUGUGGGGGAACCGUUUCAGGCUCUGUAUAACUAUACUCCUAGGAAUGAAGAUGAGCUGGAGCUCAGAGAAAGUGAUGUCAUUGAUGUGAUGGAAAAAUGUGAUGAUGGAUGGUUUGUCGGAACCUCAAGAAGAACCAAAUUCUUUGGUACUUUUCCCGGAAACUAUGUCAAGAGGCUGUGAAUCACUCUCCCUCCUAUUUAUGCUGCAUUUCAGCACCAUAUCAGCAUAGCCUCGCCUGAAAGAUCCCCGCAGGCCUCCCUCUGUCAUGCCUUAUGGUUUCCAAUAGAAGUCACCCACCAUCACCAUCUCCACCUGCCACCAGACCACCAGCAAAGUAACUGCCACCGCGCCUUGGGGAGAUUGGCAGACUUAUUUCCGUAUGAACGUGCAUAUUCCUACUUUCUGUUCUAAACUGAAAAGUCUAUAUGUUGGGAUGAGGAAGAAAAUUCAUUAUAUUUAAAAAGGGUUAAAUAUUUGAAAGUGUCUCAAGGAGGCUCUGGUCCACUUUGGAAGAUGUUUGCCCUUCAGGCAACCAGAAGAUGGUUUACUACUCAAUGCUGUGGUGUGCAUUUUCACAUUCUUAGCUUGGCAGUAUAUUUUCCUUUCACGAGUUUGCCUAGUGUCCUAAUUUACACAAUAUGACAACUGUACUUCAGCUAUUGUUUGCCUGCACUUAUAUGUUGUAAUAUGCACAGUGAUUACAAAAUCUAAAACAAAAGUAGGAAAGUUAAUUCGGAUGAGUGUGAUUUUGUUGAUUGAAUGUGAAUUUUCAAAUAGGAGUCUUUUCCUGCGAUUCUUUUGUACAUUUUAGAAGUGCAAACACUAAGUGAAUAAGAGCUUUGGGUAAUAAUUAUAAGACUAUAAGAGGUUUAGCUAGACUACAAAAACAAUAUUGUGUUGUAAAGUUGCAUUGCUAUUUUAUAUUAAAAUGUAAUAAUCAGCAUCAUGAACAAUAAGCUCUUAGUGUUUUAUUUAUCUGAUAAAAUUUAAAUAAAAGCAGUGUUAGUGAGAGGUGCAAAGAGUUAUUCUAACAUAGACACUUGAAAGUAUCUGUAAGCAAUAUUCAUAGGUAAGACUUUUAGGGUGUGUACACAUAUACAUUUGCGAUUGUAUGAGAACAGACAAUCCAUACGAUAUGUUGUACAUUUUAUGGAAAUGUAAAAGAAUCCCACAUGUUAUUUUAUAGAAAUAGAGUACUUUAGAAGCAUCACAAGUAUUAAGCUGGUUUUAGCAAGGAUUAUGAUCGAUACAAUUAUUUUUACUACGAUAAUUAUUUUUCUUCUAUGGAACUCAGAAUCCUGGCUACAUUUGAAAACAGGAACAUGUUGAGCCUCAUUUUCCUGGUGUGUGUGAAAUAUUUCCUCGGAAUACAUUAGGCACUUUUUAGAGGCAAUGUUAAAUCAUUCAGGUCAUAUUUUCUGCCCUGCAGUAGAACUUUACAGAAUGAUAUUGGGACCUGAGAGAUUUAAUGUGAUUAAUAGUGCCUGAAUUACACACACCCUGAGAACUAGCUUUGUAUUUCUUAUGACUUUGCAUAAGAACUGUUCAUAUUUGGAUCUUGGGCACCUUACAGAUAAAACUUUUUAUGGCAUUUCUUCUGUGGACAACGAUUGAUCUUUUCACAAUGUAUGUAGACUCUAGAAUUUUGUACAUAUGUUUGCUCUUUUUUUGUACAGACUAUUUAGUUGUUGAGAAAACAAGGGAAUUUCCUAAUUUGGUCUUUAUCCUUCGCUUAAACUAAGCUAAAGGUUAUCCUUUACAUAUCCCACAGAUCUUAAGCACGCAUUGAUAGUGUGAUUCUGUAAGAUAGCAUUUAUGCAGAGUUUAUGAACUUAAAAGAUCUUAGCAGCCAAACUGAAAUGUACAUAAAUAUCGAUUACAGAGGGAUUUCAUUGGGAAGAAGCUAAAGAAACAUCUUUGAGUAGCCUACCUAGAUUACUGUCAAGUUCACAACCAGCUUUAUAUUUGAAAGGCUUUCGGUUUGAAAUUAGGUCAACUGCAUGCAGCUUUGCUGAUAAAUGAAUAAUUAUCUUUGAUGCCAUUUAUGAGAAAAGACUUCAAUAUCUGUUGCCUGUCAUAUUUAAGAAAAAAUGGCUGUUUCUACUCUGUAUCUGAUUUUAAAAGGAAAAAUAUUCAUACCUGGCUUUCAGGUAAUUGACUUUGAAUUCUUACAAGCAAAGGUCAUUGUGUUUUUUUCUUGAAUAGAGAUCUAAUAAAUUUUGCUUGGA